AUGACCACCAAACGCAGGUCGCCGAACAUCGAGGGGCGUGAUAACGUGCCGGUGGCCAGAAGAGACAGCGUCCUGGGGUAUAAUGCCCAUGCGCCCUGGUUGCAGGACGCGCGGCCGUCAAAGGGAUGGAGAACCCUCGGGGACCGCGCAGUGCACGCGUCCCUACCGCUGGCCAACAUGGUGUCCACCGUGCAGGACCUGAUCGACCCGGAUUUUGACCCCCUCAUUGCGAUCCUCGACGACGAGCCGCGUUUUCUGAAACCCCUCCCUCCCAGGAUCUCGCCAGAGGAUCUGGAGUUUCUCCGCUUUCGUGGGGCCCUGACGAUCCCCGAAAGUGGGCUGCGCAAUGAACUACUGCGGUGCUAUAUCAAAUGGGUGCACAGCUUUAUGCCCGUGUUAAACCUCCAGGAGUUCCUACGAUGUGUGGUCGAAAAUGACCCAAAUGGGAAUAUCAGCCUUCUGCUGUUCCAAGCGGUCAUGUUUGUGGCGACAGCUUUUGUGGAUUUGAAACACUUGCAGGAUGCCGGCUAUUCUACGAGGAAGAGUGCUCGCAGUGCGUUUUACACGCGGCUAAGGCUGCUCUAUUCCCUCGACUGCGAGGACGACCGGAUCAUCAUCCUGCAGACCCUUCUCCUGAUGACGUACUGGACAGACCACAUGAACCAUCCGCAGCGGGAUAUCUGGGAUUGGAUUGGCGUCUGCAACACCGUGGCCCAUUCAAUAGGCUUGAACAGAGAUCCGUCGACCGCGACGAACAUGGACGAUAAGACGAAGCGCCUGAGGAUCCGUCUAUGGUGGAGUCUUUUCUCGCGGGACCGUCUCAUUGCAAUGGGUCUGCGACGGCCUACCCAAGUCAAUGAAGGAACGAGCAAUGUUCCCAUGUUGAAGCUGGAGGAUUUUGACCCCGAGCCCUUCCAUCCAGCCGUGAUUGAAAUGUUCGACUGUCGUCAGCUACAAGACGCCUCCCACCAGAAGCGCCUCGCAAUCAUGUUCAUCGAAAAAACGAAACUUUGUCAGUGCAUUGGCCGCGUGCUCUUUGCCCAGUACAUGCCCUCGCAGCGUCUGUUUGGCACCACCACCCGGACGACGAUCACUCUGAUUCCGAGGCAGGCCUCGGAAUCGGAGCUGGCACGCUGCAGCCAGCGGCUGGACUCGUGGUUGGGGGCUCUACCAAAAGACGCGCAGUUCAUCCCUGCCUCGAAGACGAACAUCAAGGAAGGAGAGGAUGUGCUGCUCCUCCAUGGUGCCAUGGUGAGAAUGUUGUAUCACGCUACCAUUAGUGCCUUGCACCGUCCAUGGGCCAUGGGCGCCAACAAGGACCAGCCCAAGUCUCGCAACGAAUUGACCAAUGCUGCGCGCGCAAAAAUGCACGAUGCCGCUAUUGGCAUCACACACAUCAUCCAGGGUCUCAACCAACUGAACCUUACUCGCUUCCUUCCCCAGUCCGGAGUCACAGUCAUUAUCCCCGCGGCCGUGGCUCACUUGGCGAAUUCGCUGUCCGACAAUCCUUCCAUCCGCGAGGCUAGUAUCCACAACUUCCAACGAUGUAUCCAGGUCCUCCAGGGCCUACAAGACAUAUACCCCGCCGCCGACAUGGAAUUCGCCAACAUCGAAGCCGCCGUCCGUCUCCAAUCCGACAGCGCUAGCACGUUCCUGCGCAUCAUGCAGUACAACACCAUCAACAUGAGCCAGCUUCAGGCCCAGUCCCAGAGUCGAAGGCCCAGCGCCGGUUCAACCGUACAAACUAUAACGUCGCCUGACGAGCGAACGCCCUCCCACUGGGCCUCCCCGAAAGCAGCAGAACCAAACAGCUCAAGCAGGCCCCACCCUCCCGAGAACAAGACCCCCAAACCCACUAGCCCCGAAACCCGCAAAGACAGCACAGCGACGACGGCUGCAAAUGAACCGUCCUCGAAGAAAGCAAAACUCGAACACCCGACCCCCUCUACUUCGACCGACUUUGAUGACCCUUUCAGCCGCAUGAUCAACCCGCCUCCCUCCCCUCCUGCCGACACGAACCCAACCAUCUUCAAUCCAUCCGAUCUCCUGCGGAUGGACAUUGACUCGUAUAUAUCCGACUUCCCACUCCCCGACCCGUCGGGGUACCCCAAUCUCGAUGUAGACUGGGCGGAGGAGCUCCUCCGCGGAGCAGAACUGGACCUCGAUUAUCCUGGUCCCACCACAGACGACCGGAGUAAUGAUAUCUUCGAUUUUAACGACAAACCCGAACGAGGGUCUAUGGGACAUGGGAAUGGCGACAUUACAGGAGAUUUGGAUAGGGACUUGGGAUUGACGCAUUCGGGUGAUGAAAUGUUUUAG